AUGUAUACGGAAGGGGUACUACCGACUCAAAGACGGAGACUCAACCAUAAAACACUGAUCCUAAGUUUUGGACAUGAUAAGGAAGUUGGAGGAUUAUAUGGCGGUAAAAAAGUUGCCCAAAUGUUAGAGAACACGCACGCGUAUCCAACCGAUGGAGGAAAACCUAUAGACUUUUUAUUGGAUGAGGGACUAAACAAUUCUUCCUCAAAAUAUGAGAAUAGCUCCAACUACCGCUGCAUAGCUAAGGGUGGAAUCAAAUACAAUGUAGUACCCAAUUAUGCGGAAGACAACCUCAAUCUCCGAGUUCAUCCUUUGCAAGAUCCCGAUGAAGUGAAACAUCACUCUAAUCAAUUUAAUUUAAUAACGACUUUACCCUUUCGGAUUGAAUCAAUUGGUCAUCUUGCAUGGGUUUCACAACAAAUCUUGGGAAUAGAAGAUGAGAAACAUAUUCCCGGCUUACAACACAUUAAAUUAAAAGUUUUGAAAUAUGUUGCUCAAAUAAUAAAUGACCAAAGGGUGAAAGUGCAACUUAAUACCAUGUCUCCAAGAAGUCCCAUAUCCGAUUACGACAACGUUGCUUUCAGAAAAAUCGAAGAGAUUAUUGAAGAUUAUUUCAAUAGAACCAUAGUCAUACCAGCGAUCUUUAUCGGUGACACGGAUUCUAAGCAUUUUUCCAGAAUCGUCGAUAAUGUAUACCAAUUCUCUCCUCUAAAAAUAAACAUGGAUGAUGAUAUAUCAAGAGUACACGGUAUCAACGAAAGAACUUCCGUCGUCCAUUUUUACAAUUGCGUUAAAUUUUAUUAUAAUUUGAUCGAUUUUGUGUCUGAGGGGUUGGAAGAUGAUACAAAAGUUUCAAAAAUGGCGGCUAAAAAUGUUAAAACGGUUUCAAAGGACUCGGCUAAAAACGGGAAAUCGAUUUCAAAGGAAACGGAUAAAAAAGGGAAAAAUAUUAAACCGAAAGAGAAAUAA